ACUUUGUGUAUCUUUAAGUCACAGAAAGUGUGAUAAUAUUGUAACUAUUGAAGAAGCGAAAAGUUUUUGUACAGAUGCUAAAUUUGAAAAGUUAAAAGUGGAUAUAAGACAUGUAUCAAAUGAUUUUGAUACUCUUUUAUCUCACUACACAGAAUGUUUACAAAGCAAUGAAACACAGUAUGAAGAUAAACAGAAGAUGAUAGAAAUAUCAUGCAGUGAUAUAAUUUCAAAAGUAAAAGCAAUGGAAAUAACAAAGAAAGCUGAACUAAAAAAAUUAUAUGAGGAAAAGAAACAUAUUUUAGAAGAUAGGAUGGAUACAUGUACGAAUUGUAAGAAAACUGUUCUUUCAUAUAAACAAACUCUUGAAAUAAGCAUUGAAAAAGCCCCUGAAGUGCAGAUAAUGAUUGAGGCACAAAAGAUAGCUAGUCAAAUUGAGAAAUAUAAACAACUAUUAAGAAAUUACAGAUUUGAUGGUUCCAAAAUUUUGAUUUGUUUUGGAACAGGUAUUCCAAACGCCAUUAACGUGUUUAUGAACAGUUUAUUUAAAAUAUUCAUAAGUAACGAAGUUAAAUUCCUGAAACUGUUAACAGAUGAGAGAAUUCCUGUUUUCAAUUCAGUGCAAAAAUCAUCUUUGAAUCAAUCAGUUGGAUAUUUUUGGAACCCAAAAGAAGAUAUCAAAAUCAAGUUGCAUCGACCUAUAUUUGGUACUUCAUUGGCAGCACAAAAUGUUGGAACUAAAAGUUCAUUCAGUGCAUCUCCAACAACUUCACCACUGUUAGACAGUCUCCUAUCUGCUUCAACAUUACCUGACAAACCAUUAGCUUAUCCUGGUUCUAUGGUUACUUCUGUUGCUACUGGUUCUUCAGUGCCAAAAGGAACCUUUAGUUUUAGACAACAACCUUUUACAACAGGUACUCAGUCUCCAUUCAGUUUUGGACAAGGGUCAUCGACUACUCCAGGAGGUGGUCAGAAUUUGUUUACCUCAACACAGAAGGCGUUAACAACCACUGGUUCUGCUGGGUUCAUAUUUCCAUCCCAUCAAAAAGAAAAUACUUUUGCUGGUAAAUCAUCAAAGGAGACAAGUCCUGUAAAAUCUACACCAAAAGAUUGUACAGAUGAAUAUGAACCUAAAGUUGAUUUCAAACCAGUCAUAGAUUUGCCUGAUCUUGUUGAAACAAAAACAGGAGAAGAGGAAGAAGAGGUUCUUUUCUAUGAACGGGCAACAUUAUUUAGAUUUGACGAUGGACAGUGGAAGGAAAGAGGAACUGGUGAUUUGAAACUCUCACGUCAUGAACAAACACAACGUGUUCGAUUAUUAAUGAGACGAGAUCAAGUUUUGAAAGUUUGUGCCAAUCAUUCCCUUACUAAAGAAAUGAAACUUUUCCCAAUGCAUUCUUCUAAAAAGGCAUGGUGUUGGAAUGCUCAGGACUUCUCUGAGGGAGAAAUUCAAGUAGAACAAUUAGCAGUUCGUUUCAAAGAUGAGGACCUUGCUUUGAAAUUCAAGACAACUUUUAAAAAACUGCAGUCUGAAGUUGAUCAAGUAAAAUCAAAUCAAGCGCAAAAGAGCCAGCUAAAACAGUGA